AUGAGUACAGGACUUGAGUUGGAGACUAAGCAGAGGACUAUUACUAAAGACAGGAAAGUUAAAGCAACAAGUGCCCGUCAUAGACAGAACUCUGCCUAUGUGGUUUGCCGUGUGACCGCGUCUCUCUAUAGUGGCGCCUGCCACUGUCGCCCGUUUUCUAGUAGGGGGGAAUUCGAAGAAAGAUUGAAGGUUGUUCUAAAGGAAGUUGAAGAAGCUAAAGGAUUAGUUAUCUUAUUUAUUAAUGAAAUUCAUUUUGUUUUGGGUGCUGGGCGCAUUGAGGGAUCAACGGGAGCCACAACUCUUGAGGAGAAGAGCAUUCAAUUGGAGGUCGAACUCCGUGCUCUUGAGAAGGAGAAAGAUAAAGCAAGCAAAGCUUGGCUUGUUGAAGUAAGAAAGGAAUUCAAUGAUUUGAGAGAUAAACUCCAGCCUGUGAUGAUGAGAUACAGAAAGGAAAAAGAAAGAAUUGAUGAGCUCCGGCGACUCAAGCAAAAGCGGGACGAGCUUUUUGGCACUGCUAUCGCUCAGCUUGAGUCAGGUGCAACUGAGGACGGAAUGCUGGCAGAAACUAUUGGACCAGAACAAUUUGCAGAAGUUCUCCGGCAACUAGCAGGGAGCAGAGCUCCUGGAACGGAUUAUUCAAAGAGGGAACUUUUCAAGAAGGUGAUUUCAUACAUGCCGUAA